AAGUGAUCAUUAAUUUAGGAACUCAAGAUGAUGAUGCUGAAUACAACAAACCUGGGAGAGUAUCUCUGUGUGGGCGACUACAUCUGUCUGUACUCAGUUGAAACAGAAGGAUACACUUAUAGCCUUCAGUCUAGCUCAGUGCACAGCCAGCUUUACAUCUACAGGAACCAGGAUAAAGACAAACCUUCUAAAGUACCAUGCGCGCAAGCAUGUGUAUUCCAAGUUUGUAUUCAGAACAGAUACAAACUUAACAAGAAAUACCGAAAGCAUGUGUCACAGGCAAACUCAAGUAGCAAUCUCUUGGAAGAUACUUCCGUUCUCCAGCAACACAAGCUUGCAGCUGAGGCGGAGAAUAGUGACAAUGCUCAGGAACAGAAGAGACAGAUGGGUAAACGUGUCAGAUAUGGUGAAAUAAUACAGCUAAAGCAUGUAUUCACAAACAAGUUUGUUCAUAUGUGCACCUCCCAAACAUCGCAAGUGGAUAAGAACAAUAUGGUCGUCAUGCUACAAGAAUUCAAUGCAAAGAAUGCGCAGUUUAGAAUUUUGCCGCAGUACAAAGUUAAAUCUGAAGGCGAAGUGGUACAAAUCUAUGAUCAAAUUGUGUUUGAGAGCAUCAAGUCUCCCGGACAUUUCCUACACGCCAGUUCGGGGUUUCAGAUCGAUCAUUUCACAUUUGGAUCUGAGAUUAAUCUUGGAGUAGAGAGGUCUGGAUUUACCCUAGUUCGCUUCAGAAAACAGGGAUCAUCGGAUAUGGAACUAUAUGUCAGGGGCGGAAGUAUAAUUAGACUUUUCCACAAGGAGUUAGAGGCGUACAUGGUUGCAGAGGGUCUUUUUGAUGACGAGGUCACUGAGGAUGUUCAUUUCCGUAUUCGUGUAAUGGAUCAACAUAAACCACGGACGCUGUCACCACCGACUUCCGGUAACUCAUUCUGGGUGAUAGAGGCGGAAAAUGGAAUCUUCAACGGUGAUAUCCUUCAAUGGGAACAGCAGAUACGUUUACGUCACAUGACAACACGAAAGUAUUUAUGUAUAGAUUCUACUCAUGAAAUCAUGCUGACGGACGACAAUGAGGACCCAAGGACGGUCUUCAGGCUCCAUAGCGUGAUAAACGAGAGAGACGAGAUCAGAUUCGAAAGCUACUGCCGAAUAGAACAUGUCCUCACUGGUUUUUGGCUUCACGCUUUGAAAGACGAAGAUUACAUCCGCAAGAAAUUCAGAGACGUUGAAAAUGUCAAUGACCAGACGUUGAAAGGGUUGAGAUGGGACAGUGCAAUGGUUAGACAGGUAUCCGCCAGCGGAGAGAGCCAGUAUGAUGAUGCUUUCACUAUACAGAUGGUAGAAGACGUACAUGUAGCGGAAUUUAACUAUGUCGCUGGCAUGGUUCCCUUUCUGCAUAACCUCAUCAAAGAUAGGCAAUCGGGAGUCAUCUUGAAUUCGAAGAAAACUCAUCAAAUACUUGUAGCAUUAGACGAGCUGCAGCAUUUUAUGUUGGUGAAAACUCUACCAAGCAAAGAUAGACAAAAGCUGAUGAGAAAUCUAAGAGUGAUAGAUUUGCUAGUGAAGAUUUUGCAGUUCCCGCUGGAUGGCGUACCGGAUGAACAAAACAUUAUUCUCAUAUUCAAAGAGGCCUAUGAGAUUUUGUACACCUACAUGAUAGGCAAAAGUAGGAAAAAUGCUCUUUACUUUGCCAAAUACAUAGAGUUCUUCCAAACACAGUUUUCUCAAAAGGGAGGCAUAGGUCUGAAUGUUGCCCAGAUGAUUGUAGAGCUGAUACGAGACAAGAGAAAGAUCGUGGACAGAAUUUCACAUCAACAGAUUGAUGAAUUUGUGGCUCUUCUACAGUCAAGCCAGAAUUACCGAUUUUUGGACUUGCUGCAUGUCCUUUGUGUUUGUGACGACGUGGCCAUACCAAACAACCAGACAUAUAUCGUACAGCAAUGGAUGCAAUGCGAACAGAAAGGUAUAUAUCUCACGGCACGUGGACAAGAUAUCAACAGACAACCGAACAUUUUGUACAUCUCAACCGAUGAUGCAAGAUCUUGGAUUGCUUUGCAUGAAUUUGUCGAUGAAACGCAUGUUUCGUACGACAAAGACAAGCACGAUUUUCUCUUGCAUCAGCUGGAUUUGUACAUCGCUCUUUGUAAGGGGAGAAAUGACUUUGCAAUCAACAUAAUCACCAAGGAGUUGCGAUAUCUGACUUGGGAAGAAACAUUUCUAGCAUUACGUUCUGAUAUUCUACCAGACGCCAUCCGGGCAAAGUAUUGCGACAUAACAACAAGUUUGUUUGUUGAUAUUGGAAACAAUUACUCGGUUCUUGCCCAUCCGAACAUUUGCUUCGUGUAUGAUUACGUUGGUUCAAAGGACGAAGAGAAAAGUCAGGGUGAUUUUAUUGUGAAAGAGUUAGUUGCCAUAUUUCCCGUGUUGCGAGACUGGAUUGCAGAAUUUCUGUCAGAAAACAAAUGCAUGUAUGCAUCGGAAGUUGGACACAAUAUGCUCAUAGAACAGGUUGUCCGACUGUUGUAUUACCUGGUGAUGUUUGGGUACUAUAUGGACGCCGAAGACGUGGAGAACUUGUUACCUCCCUUGCUGAAUUUGUUAGAUGGAAGACAUGAUUAUCCCUUUCUUAAAGACAAGGACAAGGACAAAGGAUCCUCAAAGGAAGAGAAGAAACGUAUUCAGCAGUUUCAGCAGACGGACAGAUAUGAGAAAAGCAGAGAAACUGAAGCUAUCGUUAAUGCCAAGUUUCAGGUAUUGGUGUUGGACUUAUUGCUGACUUACCAAAGGAAUUCGAGGUUACAGAGCUUGCGCAAUAAGGUAGCAGAGCAGAUAGCGGCUCAGGGACGGAGUCAAACAAUCAUGUGUUCGCUGCUAUACGAUACGUUCGAUCCGCAUGACCAGUCCCAGAAAGGACUUGGUGCUCAGAAGAAGGUAAACCGAGAACUGAGAGAUAUGUUCAACCUGUCUGCGAUAUUUGAUGUUGAUUUCCUCACAAAAGUUCUCAUGGAUCUGACAAUGUACAAGUACAACAAGAUGAUUAUAAAGUCACUGAACAUCCUGAACAAACUAUACUCCUCCAAGAUGAACAUGUUCAACAUUGCGAGCAAGGCUCAGAUUCUUUUGACACAAGAUUCUGCUCGUGUGCAUAGGGAAGUGUUGAAGAACAUGCCAAUUCUUCGAAGAUUAUCACGUGCCAAACUAGACGAUCAACAAGUGAAAUUGAUGGGAAAUAUCCUCGACGACCUUGCAGAGUUUUGCCAUCUUCCAAUGACACCAGAUGAGCCUCAUCCCAUGAAUCAGAAUAUAAUGAUAAGCAACGGAAUUCUGGAUGUGCUGUUUGAUAUAUUGGUUCAAGAAAUUGAUGCUAAAUUACUGAAAAUAUAUGGUGGAAUGACAGAUAUCUUCAAAAAGGCAUUUUACUUGCUAAAGCUGUUGGCAAGGGAGAACUUCCGUGUUCAACAUCACAUUAUGGAACGUCUGGACAUCAUGCUAGAUGUGAGAGUUGUCGAAUCGGAUCUAGCUAUCGCUUUGAAAGAGGUAUUCUGUGGUAAUCAAGCCACGUGUUUAAAGGUCAGCCCGCGCCAGAUACAAAAGAUCGUGAAUCGAGCUGCAGCUCUUCAGGACAGGGCACCUGAAUUUCUGGACCUGCUGGGCAUGAUUGUUAAGGUUGUCGGAACCAAUCUGACUCUGAAGAGGAACCAGGCUUACGUAAUGAAGUACAUUAUGCAGAACUACAAAAAAGUUGCUUUUGUACUAGAUAUGACACGGGAAGAAAGAGCAAAGAUACUGACCGAUCCAGGUGAAAUAUCCAGACUAAGGUAUUACAUCAGUCUGCUUGAUCUUUUAGCUGCAUGUGCUGAGGGAGAAAAUAUGUUUAUCGAGUCUCUGUGCCAGACCAUUCUACCAAUCGACGACUUACUUUGGGUACUAAACAACGAUAAAGUAGACAACGUUUACAAAAAACCAUUCCUAAAAUGUCUCCAUCAUGUCUACAUGAAAAACGGCGAAAUCGCCAUGGAAAGCGGAGCAUCUGAAAUGUCACAUUUUGGAGAUCUGUGGGACUUCAUGUCAACAGUCUCGGUGGAGAUGAACAGACUGACUGACAGUGUCAAAGAGGACCCAGACAAGAUAGCAGUUUACAUAAAGACAGCACCAGAGAAAAGCGGACAAGCUGCUGCUCCAGACUUCGAGUCCUCAUCAUACGGGACAUUGCUGUUCUUUCUGGAAGGAGUGUUGCCCUUCUUGGAGUCAUUCUACAGGGACUUCUACUUUCCUGACAGUUCUGCACAUCCUAAUGAACUUGACGAGACAGACCAUAUCGCAAAAGCAAUUGUGAUGUUUGGUGAAGUGUUGGGACCUUUGGUUUUCAAACCCAUGCAUAUGAAAAAUCUUGUCAACUGUGUCAGCGUGAUAGUGCCAAUUUCAAAUAUGCCAAAUUCCAACCUAGAGCAUGUUCUAAACAGAUUUGCCUCGGGCAUCACUGCUGAAGACACAUCAAGUGCCAUCCGGAGGGGUAACAUCGAAUACUAUUCUGACGAGGUGGAGAUAAACGCCAAGUUCCGAACAUUUACAAAGAGUUGCGCUAUUGUAUUUGCUGGACACAACACUGUAAACGCACAACUGAAAUACAACUCUAAACGAGAAUACACUGACCUAGGUGGAGACGAGGAACUUCCAUUAGGAGAGGAAUUUCAGAGUCUUGUCAGAUGUUUUAUCAUUCAGUCGGAGAAAAAGGUCAUCAAGAAAUAUGAGUGGACAGCAAAAUUGAUAGAGCAACUUUAUAUUUCCUUAGAACGAAAACGAAUGACAGAACAUGCGCGACUUGAGAUGGACGAAUUGAACAUAAAAUGUCUACAGAUUCUUAGAGCUAUGAUUCACAAUGAAGAAAGGAAGUUGCCAGCUGAUUGGGCGACAAGGACGACGGAAACAAAAAUUGCCAAGGGAUUGAAACUGAUAAACGAAAUUCAAAACAAUUAUGAUUCAAAGAAAGCGAUGAUGAAAGUACUUCCGCAUCUUGCUACGAGAAAUGAGGAUGUGGCAAAAGAAGUCCUUGGUUUUCUUUGUGUCAUGCUUUUUAAUGCCAACCAUGUAGUCCAGAAAUCCAUGUUGGAUUACUUUCUUUCAACUAGAGAGGAGGUGUUCUUCAUGGCUGUGCGAGACAGGAUGGCCUUGUCGACAAAUACAAUCAAAGAAAAACGGUCUUUACAAGCCCAAAUGGAUGCACAGAAGAAGAAAGAUUCCACUAAAACUAUAUCGAAAAGGUCGCAAAAUACGUUUGUUGUUACGAUUCAUGCGCUAAAGCAAAUCCAAGCAUAUGAAGAUGCUUUGAGGCAGCAGAGGCUCAGCGGAUGGAAACCCAAGAGGUCUACUCCGAAGUCCAGCGGUAAGAAGAAAUCCAAAAAGAAGGGGACGGUCAAGACGAAACCAGGGAAGAAAAACAAGGUCUCUGAUAAAGUUUCUAAAGUUGCAAAUGGGACUGCAAAAGAAGAUUUGGCAUUGAUGGAUAAUGCUGGGUUUGAAGACACAGAAAUGACCGAAAUAAAAGUAGAAAUACCGGAAGAUGAUGAAGAAGAUGAGAAUGAAGAAGAGAAUCAAGAAGAGGAAGAAAGUGACAGUGCACAAGAGCUUAGAAACGAUGGCUACAUAGAGCUUGUACUCAAAGUGAUGGCUCGUAUGUGUGACGGACAGAACCAUACAUUACAGGAUUACCUCCGAGAACAACCGGAUAAUGUGAAGUCUUUCAACAUAAUAGGCGAGGUCACUCAAUUUCUAAAUGUGAUCUAUUCAAACAUAAAAGCUAAAAGUAUCGACUUGGUAAUUCAGCUCUUCGAUUCCAUGACCGAAUUUACGGCAGGCAAUCAAGAAAACCGGGUGGUCAUCUACGACAACAAGAUAAUUGACUAUAUAAACUUUAUUAUGAGAGCUGGAGAUUUCGAAGAUUGCUCUACUGACAAGGUAUUGGGAUUGAGAGAAAGCAUUUCCAACCUUGUUCUAUCACUGGUAGAAGAAAAUGGACCUGGUAAAACACAAGUGGCAUUGGAAGUGAAGGACACCUUGGAUAAGAAAGCUGUUGUAGCUCUUAUGACGGAAUGUUUUGAGAACCACGGCAUCGACAAGAAGAAACUUGAAGAGAUGAAAUAUAUACAAUUGGAGGGGACACUGCCACCAUCAAAGAACAAAGCAUUGACAGGAGCAAAGGAUAAACUUAUCAGAGGUCUAGGGAAGAAAGAGAAAAAUGAGUUUGCGGAGGAAUACGAAGACGUCGGAUACCGUCUUUAUCUCAUACUUGCGAGAAUGAUUGACAUAGACCCUCAUAUUGUAGAAACACUGAAACUGACACCACUGCAGCAAAAGGCUUUCAAUUUCUAUAAAAAGAACUGUCAGUCUAUAGAAGUAGUGAAAGAUGAUGAGCUACAGAAAGCAAACUUUCGUGUGAAAAGCAAGCGCGUUUUACGUGAGGAAGUAAAAGAGAUGUUAAAAUGGAGUGUGGACAGAUCUUCACCAAGUAACAAAAUCCGGGACCUCAUGGCUUGGUCUGGAGACAUUAUGAAAGAUAUUGCCUAUCAGCGAAGGAUAUUGAGCAAUCCUGUGGCAAUUGUUCUUACAAAGGGCUGGCUGGUAUGGAAUCAUCUGGUGACAAUCUUGUCUUUCGCAAUAAACAUUUUGAUGUUGGUAACAUGGAAUGCAAAGGGUUCGCUUGACACGCCAGAUAUAUUUAAAAACUCAACUGCUAUACCCCCAUCAAUCAACGAUCCAAUACCGGAAAUAAGCAACCUCACGAAUGAACAGUACACGAUGGCUAUAUAUAUCUUGGGAGGUUUACAUAAUUUUUUCUGCCUUCUGGUGUUUAUAAGCUACUUCGUUGGCAACCACCCAAGAUUACCUAAGCCAAAGACCUGGAUUGAAUCAGUUAGAGCACUGUUCAUGUCAAAGAAAAAGCUGGAAGAGGAAGCAGAUGAAGACAAGAAGAAAAAGCACGUGUCAAAAAUGGACGCAAAGCUCAUGAGUUUUACGACAUUUUACUAUUUUGCUUUCGUUGGUUUAUCCAUCGGUGGAACAUUGUUCCAUGGGUACUUCUUUGCCUUCCAUCUUUUGAACAUCGUCAACAACAAUCAACUCCUGAGUGGUGUAAUCAAGGCCGUAACUCAAAAUGGACGCUCGCUUGUAUGGGUGGGGAUACUUGGGCUAUGUGUGUUCUACCUGUAUGCAAUAAUCAGUUUCGCUAUGAUGAGGAGCAUGUUCAAUCCUAGCGACUACCUUUACUGUGACACACUCUGGCAGUGCACGCUUACGGUUAUAAGAUAUGGACUGAUUGGGGACCUAUUUGAUAACAUCAAAGCACACGAAUCUGAGAAGGAUUUUCAAAUGUUUGGAUUCGUAGUUCUAUAUCACGUGUCCUUCUUCAUCUUCAUAACGACUAUCGGGUUGAACAUUAUCUUCGGUAUCAUCGUCGACACUUUCUCUGAACUCAGAGAUCUAAAGUGGACAGCCGAAUCAGAUAUGAGGGAUACUUGCUUCAUUUGCAGCAGAAACAGUUACGACUUCGAACAUCACGGCAAGGGUUUUGAGCAUCAUGUGCGUCACGAACAUAACAUGUGGUCAUACAUAUUCUUUUUCAUUCAUCUUAAUGGAACGAAAGUCAACGACUACACUGCCUUAGAAAUGUAUGUCUACAAACUGCUUCUGAGAGAGAAUUAUGAUUUCUUCCCGUUGGAUCGGGCAUUGUCACUAGCUGCAAUGGGUCAGGAUUCAACAGAAGUUAAAAUUGAUGACCUUUUGUACCAGGUCACUUCAAUUGUAGAGAAACAAAAGCGUGAGGAACUUGAGAAAAAGCGUCUAGAGGAAAGAAUGCGACAGAAAGCCUGGGAAGAGAAACAUAGACUUGGAUCAUUCAGAAAGAAAGCAAGUCUACAAACAAGAUCUUCCGAGGACCUUCUUUCUAGCGCACAGCAAGAUGAGCAGCUGCCUCAUCAAGACACUAUGCAACUUGCAAUUGACAGUCCACCACAAGGUCUGUCGCCAUCUUACUCAAGGAGACCAAGUGUUUCAGCAGUUCAGAGACGACCAAGUGCUGUCGGUACAGGGUACCAAAUUCCUGCCAAUCGACAUGACAGGUAUCGGCGACGCCGCAGUGUCAGUCCAUUAGAUCCGAGAGAGAUUCUGUAUCGUCGUUCGUCCCGCGGUUUUGACGAUGAUCAAGAACCUCUUAUAGGGGCCCAAGGGUAUGAGGAACGGGCACAAAGCCCAACGCUUUUUGGUGUUGAUAAUGAUCUACUCGACAUAACGCCGGUUCCAUUCAGCCGACGUCAAUCUUUACGAAGUCCGAGACUCAGCUUGGCAACAUCACCGAGAGAACAUACCUCGUUCUUUUCCGAGACUGACCCGAUGCCAUACUUAAGACAGUUAUCACAACAAUAUUCUCAGGAAAGGCGCCUCUCCCAAACUUACCCGGAGGGUCGACCAUUGACAUUACCGCCUGACCGUGACAUUGAUCGAGACGAUGCUGAUAGUAUUACAUCCGACGGAGGAACCCCUGAGACGCGAUUCUAGGCAUUGAUGGCAUGCAAUAGAAAAUAUAUUUGACACAUUUACCAUUUAAAACGUUUCAUACAGACAACACCUGUUAAGAAGUCUCGUAAUGAGCUGGUAUUCAUCUAGGUCAAACAAAAAACAAUGUCGGAUUUCAUUGACAGAAAACACAGUUUAAAAAUAGUCUACAUAAUAAAGCGACUUACCUCUAUGAUAAUAUAAAAGUUAAAUGUGCACACUGUUGCAUCAACAUAUAGUAGCUGUAAUUAAAGCUUCUGUUACACCAUACAGUGUGUUCAGUUUUUCUGUAAGUAUCAGGAGGCAAUGAUUUUUAAUAAAUCUUUUACAUUUACUUGAUUACUGGAAAAGAAACUGUGAUUUUAAUAAUAUUAUGUUGCAUUACAUGUAGUAACAUCGUACUAUGAAUCUUUUCUCUGAAAUUCCUGUUUAAACGUUUUGACAUUGCAUGCUUUUGUGUAUGAUACAAAUGUUAUUGCCUUUCUUUCAAUAAUCAGUUAACUAGUGGCAAAUAUUAAAUUGCCUUUAAUUAAUUCAUAAACUAAGAUAUUAAGAACCUGACUUUUUUUAAUUUACUGUUUCGUAAAUGAAUAGUAUAAACAGAAUUGUGUUAGUGGAAGUUAAAUUUACCCGCGAAAUUCAUGGGAAGCAUAGAGAAUGCAGAGAAAAUCCAAGAUAUUAAUAUGACACCGAUUCUUUAAUACUGGCCUUGAAAUAUAUAUUACAUUAAUUUCUACAUAUCUAAAUUUAAAUGUUGUAACAUCACUAUUGUUCACGUCAUAUUUAUUCGUGAAUGUUUUAACUACUAAUGAGAAUUUUUUAGCUGAUUGAUGUCUAUUGUAGUUAGCCAAGCUACUAAUUUAUGAUAUUUAGAAAGAAAUUCAAUUUUAUUGUGAUUUUUGUCGCUUUUGGCCGAUUCUUUUUCAAA